AUGCUUUGGUGGGGAAAAUCCCAAGACUCCAAGUCGGAGGAGAAGAAGGAGACGUCUCAAGUCAAGGAAUCAAUUGCCGAAAAACUCCCCGCGACAGAGCAGCUCCCCAAGACGCUGCAGCGGUUCGUCGACCAUGCGGGCCAAGACAUGAACGUGGUUACCGAGGGCUAUGCCUCUGAUUCCACAGACUCAAACCUUCGAUAUGCGGCUUAUGCUGCGCGACUCCGGACCAUCCUCCUCUCUGCGCAUCGAUAUGUCGCAUACACCUCUGACAUUGGCGAGUCCUUCCGGCCGGUAGCUCACCCCAACCUCGUUCGCGGCGCCUAUGGUGUGUCUUGGAUGUACCUUCUCGGCGACGUCUCGUAUGAAGGCUACAAGGCCUACUGGCACAACCAGCGGGUGCGUGACCCGACUAUACAGCUCACGGCACGGCAAGAAAAGAUCACAGGUCUGCCGGCUAUUGAGACGCGCGUCGUCAAGCCUGGCGAAGUGUCCCCUCUCGAAGACUACCGUACCGUCAUGGUGCAGCGCGCAAUCUUCCAGAGCGUCGCCAGCAUGGGUCUGCCCGCUUUCACGAUUCACAGUGUCGUGAGGUACUCUGGCCGGGCCAUGAAGGACAUGAAGAACAAGAUGAUUCGGACAUGGGCCCCCAUUGGCCUGGGUCUCGCUGUCGUCCCCUUCCUCCCUGCCAUGUUUGACGAACCAGUCGAGAAUGCAGUUGAGUGGGCAUUCCACAAGGGCUUCGAGAUGUAUGGCGGCAAGGGCGCUGUCGGCAAUUCGCCUGCAACGGGCCGCGAGGAGCUAUUGGCAAAGAAGCCAAUCAAGGAAAAGGAGCUGUAA